AUGGAUGACACUCCGGUUAAAAAAUUUUUCAAAGUUAAUUUAACCGUAAUGCGCCUUUUUGGUUUCUAUCCUCCGAAAAAAUGUAACAUUGUUUACAAAAUUUACGCUCUUAUCGUGUACGUUUGUUGUACUGUUACAAUCCCAACUUUGGCAGCACUGCAUCUGCUUGUAUCAGAGAAUGUCGAUCUGGCCCAAGUGUGUGAAAACUCAUUCGUUAUAUUUGAAGUUGGUUGCUUUAUGUUUAAACUGAAGCCAUUUAUAUUCAACGUGGAGAAAAUUCGACAAAGUAUCUACAUGUUAAACUGGCCUAUAUUCAACAAUCACUCAAAGCAACAAGAACAAAUCAUCAAUGAAUGUGCCUGGACAUGCAGGAGAAACACUUGGUUGUUCCUAGUUUUCUGUAUUAUUACUUUUAUAACCUGGGCCGCAACGCCAUUUUUCACAAGUGUUUACAAGUUUCCCAUCGAUGUUUGGUUGCCUUUUGAAGCAACAGCAGACCCUAAAACGUUCUUUUCGGUUUAUCUUUUCAUCGUUUUGGGCAUAGGAAACACAGCUAUUUCUAAUGGUGUAAUUGAUCCUCUAAUCUCUGGAAUGGUUUAUUUUGCCGUUAAUCAACUCAAAGUGUUGAAAGAUAAUUUAGAAUAUUUGGAAAACAAUUCGGAAACACAACUUUGUUUCAAUCUAACUGUGAAACACAAAACAAUUUAUAAAAAAAUUACCAUGUGUAUUGAACACCACAACGCAAUAUUGGAUUUUAUAAAAUAUUACGAAAAUGUCUAUUCUCCGGUUGUUUUCACUCAGUUUACUGCAGCUGUCCUUGUUAUAUGCAUUUCGUGUUUGCAGUUAAGCAUGGUAUGA